AUCUAUUUUGUGCACAAGGAAACCUUUCCAAGCCUUUGUUACUCAUAUCACAUUAUUGUUCUGUUUGUCCUACUAACAUAUUGGAAGGGAGAGAGAUACUUUUAAGCAAAGAGCUUGUACAUAUGCUUGUUAGUCUUGUACCUAUUCAUGUGAGAGUUGUAGCUGCACUGAUAUUUCGAUGACUCGUACCUUGACUAGAAACCCUUCGUAUUUCCACCAAAAAUGGCUCUCAAAUCCAGCACCAUGACAACGCGCCACCACACGCGCCUCCUUCUCUGGUUCGCCUUCGCGUCAAGACUUCUGGUUCUCACCCUGAUAAUCCUCUGGCGAUCAAUUCUCAGCCCGUACGACACAUCCGCUUCAAUAAACCCCCCCUGCCUCUCGUCCUCGUCCUCGUCCUCUUCCAAUUCCUCAAUUCCAAACCCGAACUCGCCGCGGAUUCUGCUCCCCGGCCUCGGUUCUACAUAUAGCAAAUCAACAUCCAAGAAUUCUAAUAAGAGCUUGAUUGAGAUUGCCGCGGAAGUUUUACUAAUCUAUUUCACCUUACAGUCAGCACUGCAGGUUAUUGUAGCUGGAGCUUUACGUAGUCUUUGUAUCAUUUUCCUUUUUCUCUCUUUUCAAGCGUAUGGAUACUUAAAUAUCUGCAUGGGACUCCCUCCAGAUGAAAUGAGGCCUUGGUGCAAGAAAAGACUUCCUUUAUUGUACAGUUAUAUUCAAAGUCAGUAUUGGGGAGUGGGCUUCCUUAGAUAUUUCCAAGUGAAACAGCUGCCUAAUUUUCUUCUUGCAUCCCCGAUAUUGUCUCUUGCACUUUGCUCAAUCAUAUACUAUGUGAAGCUGUGGCCUGAAGUUUUUCUCUCAAUUGGUUUUAGAGCCGCUUCUGUGGAUAAAGAAUCAUUUGGUUCCCCUACUUUUCUGGUGAAAGAUACAGGACCAACAACAUCUGGUUUGUCUGAGAAAGAAACUUCGAACUUAUGGCAAGGUAUGAAGUUUGUAUUGGUUAGGCUGGUAAAUAAACAUCGGGAAGUUGACAUUUCCCUUAGCACCAUGCUGGCAAUUGGUACUGACAAAUGCCACACUAAUGGCUUAUCCAUCUGCCCAGUUCCCAACCAUUUCUGCCACACAUCAAGGAAUUUUAGUAUUAUAAAUGACAGUGUCUCAACACGGUUUUUAUCUGCUAGUCCUCCUCUGUUUUGGUUCGCCUCCCACAUUGUUGGUUCUGGCAGUGGCAAGAGAUGGGGCCAUUUCAUAUGGGCAUAUUGUGCAGCUUACAUCUUUCUAGGCAGCUUGCUGUUCUCAAACUUCUACCCCUUCACUUAAAACCGCUUGACAGGAAUCUCUUCUUCUCAAGUCGAGAGCUUUUCGUUGGUUAAUAUCUUCGUCCGUUUUUUCUUUUCCUUGGAUCAGAAAACAUGCCAACUUUGGAAGUGCCAAGGACUGAAGCAUUGGGUUGCAGUAAAUUUAUUUUAUUAUAGUGUCUCAUACUGCAUAGGCACGAAUGCACAGGGCUCUGGUGGGUACAAGUGAGACACAAAUGACUACCACCCUUGUUCUUAGUGUUCUAUGCAGAUGUAAUGCAUAGCUAAAUAAUAUUUUUGAUUUGGAAGGUUCAAUACAAUUAAGUCUUGUGUAAUAACAUAUACAAGUUUGGUCUAUGUUUUCCUCUUCUACUAUGUCUUCUUGACGAUGUGAUUAAAAAGAUUAAACAACAUAUGGACAUGAAA